CCAACAGUCAUCACAUCACAUCUCACUCGUAUCGAACGAGAAUAAGAGAGAAUACGCAAAAAUCAAGAACGUUCAAAUAGAAAAAAAUACAUUUGAGGAAAGUUGUAAACGAUUCGGUAUUUCCCUCAGCGAAAGUGCACAUUCAAGUGAAAAGCUUCAGUGAAAAUUAAAGUGCAGCGACUAUCAAAAGGAACCGCAACAUAUAAUAACAUUAAAAUGCAGAAAAUGAAUUUAAAUCUGUGCGCCAUAGCGCUGCUGCUGUUUGGGAGCCUUUCGGUUGCCCACAGUCGUCCGUCGUCGAGCGCCGAUUUGGACGACAACAACGAGGUCGAUAACUCCAUUCAAACCGAGCCGGAAUCCUCGUCCUCAUCAUCAUCGUCCAGCAAGCAUCGCAAUCGUGGCAAUCCCUUCGAGGAUGAGUGGCUGAAAUUCACCAAGACGCCCCCGACAACAAUGCAUCAAGCCCCCGGCGCCACCGUUGCCAUUGUCUGUGAGUUCAUGGGCUCCCAGGUACCCAAGGUCGAAUGGAUCGUCGGCCAACUGCCACUCUCCGAGAUCGAUAACUUGGAAACGAAUACGGUGUCUGAGUAUGCGCCCUCCGCAAUUGUGCGUGUUCGAUCCGUGCACAUUAUCGAUCACAUGCUGAGUGAGUCCCGAAUCUACACAUGUGUCGGACGCACUGGCUCCAAGAUGCUGUAUGCCAGCACCACGGUGCAUCCAUUGGACCAGGGUCGCGAUCAGAGGCUGGGCGGUUUGAUACGGGCGGAGAAACAAUAUCAGGGCGAUCAAGCUCCUCGCAUUGUCCACACGGAGAAGACGCAUCUGGACCUGAUGGGUUCGGUGGUGAUGUUGCCGUGCAAGGUGCACGCUCGCCCCCACGCCAAGAUCACCUGGCGCAACAAUGAGGACAAGGAGAUCGUGCAGGGUGAACACUUUAAGCUCCUGCCCACUGGCGAUCUGUUGAUCUCCAGUCUCAAAUGGGAGGACAUGGGCAACUACAAGUGCAUAGCGCAAAAUCGUGCUGGCAGCGACUCGGCUGAUACCUUCGUCUACCCCGUACUUAAGGAACAAGACUAAAGAUUGCAUAAACAAGGCUAUUGAAUUGACACACAAAAUUCUUAGUUAGUUAGAUAGAUCAAAUGCCAUUGAAGAUGCGUGAAACAAAGAAAAAUACCAUAAGAAUAUAUCACAACAUUUAAAAAAAAGACAAAAAAAGAAGAUUCGGAGAAAAUACCACUGACGAAUAAGUUUAGUAUUAAGUGGAAUAAUUUUUAGCACGUAGUCCAAGUUCAACUCUAGAAUCUAAUGCCGGCUUAGACUUUAAUGUUCAUACUAUAUAAAUCGAAUAAUUUCCCGUUUUGUAAUUCUUUUUAAUUUUUAUUUUAAUAUUAAUUUAGUUUUUUAGUUUUUGUAUCAGGUAAUUCUAGUUAGCAAUUGAUUGUUCCUAACGAUUCAGGCAGCUAAUCUAGUUAACUUUAACCUUAUUGGCCGUUACUUAAUCUUACUUGGCUCAAUUAGCCAAGUCAUUCGCAUCCCCCCCCACACACACACCCCGCGACCAUAAAUUCAACUCGAAUAAUAAUCGAAACAAGUAUUCGCUAUUCAUUUGCAAUCGAAAUUUAUUUAUUGAACGAUCAGCACAUUCAUUAAUGCCAUCGACCAUCGCAAUGCAAAAGUAUUCACUUAGUUAACAGAUCAGUUAUUGUAUACCCUAUAUACAACACACGUCUCCCCCUGUGUCCCACCAUUCAAAAUACCCUACAAUUUAUAUUUAAUUUUUUAAGCUAAUUGAACUGAAGUAUGCUUUUUUAUAUAUGUUUAAAUAUGAAUAAAAAAUACAUGAAAUUAA